AUGCCUCAAAGUGGUACAGGCGUUUCCAUAGAAGCGGUCGAUCCCAAAAUGUUGGAUAUGUUGAAGCAAACUGGACGACCCAAAAUGGUGGUUGGCUGGUAUCAUUCUCACCCUGGAUUUGAAUGUUGGCUGUCUAGUUCCGUCAAAGGCAAAGUAGUUAUUGAUGCUUUUCGCAUGAUCGAUCCUCAAAUGCUUAUGCUAGAUCAAGAACCACUUCCAAUAUUGGACAUCUUAAUAAACCAACUUAUGAAAAAAUUUCAAUCGAUGCUUACAUUGGCGGAAUCUUAUAAUAAAUCGGUACAAGAGGAAUCAACCAUGACACCUGAACAAUUGAAAGCUCGACAUGUUGGAAAACAGGAUUCAAAGCGUCAUAUAGAAGAAAGUGGAAGACGUUAUAUCCAAUAA